CUCAUUUGGAAAGGCGAUUUAAAAAAACCUUAAUUCGUUCUGUUUUUCUCUUCUUCUUUUCUUCUUCUUUACUUAUUAUAACCGUACCUGCAUAAUUACCAAUGCCUUACAGUGUCAUUGAUUCCGAAGUCUUGAUUCUAGGUGCAGGAUUGUCUGGCCUGUAUACAGCGCUUCUACUGAGAUCCAUGGGCAUUUCCGUCCGCAUUAUUGAUAAAGCGCAGUCGUCGGGAAGCAAUCGAAUGGCGUUUCUAUGGUCGCCUCGAAGUUUACAACUGUUGCAAGCGUUUGAUCUUGUGGAUGCCGUAAUGUCACGAAGCGUACGGCACUGGCGAUUCGAAACCUACACUCACAAAGGCCACGGUAGUAGUGCGGCGACUGUGGAUUGCCAGAGCCAUCGUGUGUGGGAAAACGAAGCAACCGAGUUCAGUUGGAGUCUCUCCUGCGAAUGUGAUCAUAUCUGCCAACAAAUCAAAGCGGCGCUUGAAAAAAGAGGCAUAGCCGUGGAAUACGGACAAGAAAUCGUGGAUCUCGAAACCGUGUCUACCGCAUCCACAGAUGUCCCAAUGCCUUCAUCGUUGUCAUCGACAAAUCAUUUUGCUUCAUACAAGUUCCAGCAUCCAUAUAUUCAACACGUCGUUGCGUCUAUUCGUAAUACCGAAUCGGGCCAAAUUCAUCAAUGGAAGUCCCGCAUUGUCAUUGGUGCGGACGGCAUCAACAGCUUUGUCCGACAGAAAUUAGGACUAGCGCAACAGUAUGGCAAGUCACCGCUUGUAUUUUACACACUGGAAGCCACAGUGUCAACGAACUUCCCUGGGAAACGUACCUUGUCGACAGUGACCAAAGGCCAAGAUACACUCUUCAUCAUAGGUCAUAAAGACAAACUCUACAUCAUUUUCGAGCACAAGCCCAGCUGGAGCAAGCUUCACAUCGAUGAUGAAGUCCCUUUACUUAUUGCGCAACGUCACAUCCGCAAUGUGCUGGAACCUCGUCACAUUGAAUUUGAUGUCGUUCAUGCAUACUACCGGUGGUCAGCUGACGAUCGUACAUGUGAAGAAUACAAUGUUGACCAUCGCUAUUUCUUAAUCGGUGGGGCUACACAACACAUUUGUCCGCCAGGAUUAUUCGCCAAUAAUCUAGCCUUGGAACAAGCCCAUAAUUUAUGCUGGAAACUAGCUUUGUAUUUGCGCGAUCGUGCUUCCCCUUUGCUUCUCGAUACGUUUGAAACCGAAGCGCGCGCUAAACUGGAUGCUCUCCUUUGUUCUGCCAGACAGUUUAUACAGCUGUUGGGUCAUGAUCCAUCCGUAUUUCGAGGGCUGAACGCGACAUAUGCUCGUGAAAUGGGCUAUUACUUGACACGACAUCGACAUUGCUUUGUUGGCAACACCCCCUAUUCAUCCAACCUCAUCAAUCUUAAUAGUGAUAAUACCAUGUCCCCCGCCGCGUCAUUGACGCACCUCGUUUCCGACAUGGAGCACCAUACGUCUACAAAGGCCGCGGCGAACCAACAUCAGCUUCCGUUCGAGCUCGGUUCGGUGGGCUCGCUUGCUCAAAACGCCAAACUGAAACCGUAUACCGUCUAUCAGCUGUUGCUAGCACAACCUUCAUCUGGUAAAAUACAUGACACCACGCGGGUACGAGCCAGCUUGGAUUACUCGGUGACAACCGAAACCAUGUCGCAACAACGGACUCAGUAUACUGUCAAGUCCCGCUUCGGUCAACGCCCCCGAUCGCGAUCCGCGUCUCAGUUGCCUAGCAUCGGUUGGUAUCUAACUCCUAUCCUUCACAAUAUGACGAAAAAGGCUCUGCAGUACUAUCCGGGAGCCAAUAAAUCCAAUACGAUGGCCACCACGGUGAGCCAUGAAGAUGGAGGAACGGCCAGUUCACCGCAUCAAUCCGCUGACCGAUGGAAAGGUAUUCGAGCGAAUCAUCAUCAAUUAUUGGAUCGUAUUACGGGCAAGGGACACUCGCCCUUGAAGUUUGUCAUUCUGGUAUUCUGCGGCUCUCUGCUCGAUCCUACCGCAUUAUCAAUGCUCCACACCUUGAAGCGUCACCUGGAUUCGCCUCAGUCGUUUGUCCAUCGCUACGAAAAGUCGCCUCAAUACUUCCACAGUAAUGAACCGUCUAUCUACUCUCAUCCUCUAGCCCGUCGAUCCACGCAAUCGGUCCUUGCAGCUCGUCGAAUAUCCGGCUCGUCUGUCUUGUCGGACACAAGCUUGAUACGUUCCAGUAGUUUGAACACGUAUCGAUCCAUUUCCACCGGCCCAUCCCUCAAUCCAAUGACAUCGUCGGCCGCGCAAGGACGGCACAAUACCCCGCGUCUCAGUACCUCGCAACGAACCAGUUCUCGGCGACACAGCAGCGAAUCCAGCUCCGGACAUGAUAUGGCAUCAUCGGAUGUCUUUGAAGCCGAGCUUCCGUUGGAUGAAAGUCUGUUUUCCUUUUUGUACAUUACCUCUUCGACCAAGCAAGAUGUGGCCAAAUUUUUAACGCAGACGCCUCCGGCCAUUGUUCACGCGGCUUUCCCUCUGGGUCUUGAUAAAGUCUACCUUGACCACGACCAACAAUCGUAUACGGCGUACCAAAUCAAGAGACCUACCGUUCUUGUCGUCCGUCCGGAUGGCUAUAUUGGUGCCCGGAUUUCACCACAAACAGAAGAUGAUUUUCAUCGUUUGGAUGUUUAUUUUGAUCAUUUCUUACGUCCACCUGUCGAUCUGUAUUCUUCCGCGGCCGUGGUCGCGGCUGAUUACGACUGUGAAUAAUAAGAAUGGGGCGGAUGUCAUGAGAGAAACCAGAAAAAAGAGGUUUAUUUGUUUGCUGUCACUGUUCCAUCUGUUUGCCUAUAUUAUCCUCGCUUGAUCGUUGACAUGCCAUACCCGCAAUGAAAAUAACAAAUAAAAACAUCAUGUUUGAUUCAGCG